AGUUCCUCAUAUUUAUCUUGUUAGAAAUAUCUCCUAAAAUAAAUAACUUAAUUGGUGUUUUAACUGGAAAUUAUAUAAAUGAAGGGACUGGGACUGGUCUGGGACUUGUAUGUACAUUACUGCACAUGUAUAUGAUUUUUGGUCCUAUUUCAGUCCACUCCCUAGUAUAUUAGUAUGUCCUGUACAAAAAAAAACAGUACACUGUAUGUUCAAAAGUAUCCAGACAUCCCUUGUACAUAAAAAUUCAGCGACUUUAAGAUGCACCCAUUACACAGCUUUUAUAAUAUUUAUAGAAAAGCAUUGCUAAUGGAAUGGGAAGCUGAGGAGCAACCGAACAUAAGGACACCAUGCCAAAUGCCAAGCGUCAGCUAGAGGGAUAUGAAGACCCCCAGCAAUAUUCUGUGGAGCAGUGAUGGAACUGUGCUAUCUGGAUUGAUGGAGCUCCAUCUAAUACAUUUGAAAUGAGUUGGAUUGGAAUUUGUGAUCCAGAACAAAUCAUUCAACAUCAGUACCUGACCUCACUAAUUCUACUGUGGCUGAGUACAAUCAAAUCCUCACUGCAGUGUUCCAACAUCUAGUGUAAAGACUUGCCAGAUGAGUAGAGGCUGUUACUGCAGCGAAGUGAGGACAAACUCCCCAUUAACACGUUUGAUUUCAGAAGUAACAUUGGAUGAGCUUGUGUGUGUGUGUGUGUGUGUGUGUGUGUGUGUAAGUAUGAGUAACUUUUAGAAACCCUCUAAAAAAUAAUAUAUUGAAAAGUAUUAGUCAUUUCAUACAUUACAAUGUAUUACAUUCUUUUAAUAUUUUGGAAUACACUGAUCACAUAUAACAGUAUAUUUUCUUUUGGGCUGGAGAUCGAUGACGACCAUCAAUGCUUUGUUUGAGAGUGCGUGCACAGUUUUUAGAUCUUAAUUCAUCUCAGUAUGAUUUUUAUAAGUUGUACCAAGAACAACACAUUUGAGGAAAAGCUCCCUUUUGUUUAGAAUAUCCCAGAAGAAGCAGCAUUCAUUACACUCGUUUACUCUCUUUUCUUUUGAGCUUUAACAGAAUCUCAGUGCUGGUCCCAUCUGCACAAAGGCACCUUUCUAUUAGUACAAUAGCCCUGAGAAACAGUGACCCAGGGGGCUGAGGUGAUAUGGACACACAGCUUAUCAUCCCUAAACUUACUGCAGUCCAGCACAAUUAAACCAAGGAGAUGCAUUCAAAAGCAGGGAAGGACAGAUGAAAGAACAACAAAUGAAGGGGAGUCAAACGAAGCACCUGAAUGAAGUUGAGUAGCUGGUUACUCAAGAAGACAAGAUGUUUUGCAGCCUCUUUCUGACAUAUCUCUUUGAGCUUGUGUACAUUGGUGCAAGUCUGCUUUUUCAGUCUCCCAGUGUGACUGUGGAUGUGGGUACAAAUGUGACAUUAUUAUGCGAUAUAUCACAUGCAUUUGGUCAGUGCUCCUCUGUCAGGUGGCUACUCUACCAGCCAGUAGGUGGCCUCAGGAUCUACACCCACCUCAGCAGAGGCUUCAAGGCCAUCACCCAUGAAGCUCAGCGAGACACGCAGUGCCUACUGAAUAUUCCCCAGGCCAGUCUUUCACAUAGCGGCACAUUUUACUGUCUGCUGUUGAAUUUAGGGGUGGAUUAUAUGGGUAAUGGAACAGAGCUGACUGUCAUGGACACAACUGACAAAGCAAAGGUGAAUGAAGACCACAGAAUGAUUUCGGAACAAGUUAAGGAAUGUCAGUGUUUACUCCCCUUGGCAGUUUUUGGAGGCGUCUCCCUUCUUCUACUCAUCUUAACCAUCAUAGCAGUGUGCAGCUGGCAGAGGAGAGGAAUAACUCAUCAAAGGAACAGCAAUGCAACAGGGAAACAUCAGCAAUCUUCAAGCGAGACGCAGUAUGCUACCCUUAAGUUUGGACCUAGGAGGCAGGAGGGUAUUACACAUUCCUGUACCUAAGACCUGUGUAAUACAACAAUCAUUUUAGCAAAAUCUCAAUGUUACUCAGUCUGGAACAUAAACAUGCCACACUUCUGCAAUUUUGCAACCAUGUUAUUAACAUCCAUUUAUGUGCAUUUCAUUUUACCUUGAGAAUGAAGUCUUUAUUUAGUUUUAAUCAUCCUACAGAAGCCUAAACAGAGUUCUUUGUCAAUGUACACUCAGUGAGCCAGUUCUCCACUAGAAGGCAGUAGAUUACUUAAUUUUGAAUUGCAAGGCUGUACAGUGUACUUACAUUCUGACUUCUUAUGCUCUUUUGCAUUUGUUCUCAUUUCCAGUUGACGUUGUUUGUAGCCUGUAAUUAAAGCAAGAGGAUACAAGUGAUUGUAAAUGUGGAUUAUUUGUGAAAGCACCAUAAGAACACACAUGAAAGGUACUAUUAAAAGACCACUGGUGGAUAAAGUACAACUUCUGUACUGGAGUGAAAGUAGAAAAAGAGAAGAGAUAGGGGCACAUACUAGCACAUUAUAUUUUUUGCUUUUUUAUUACUAAUAAUUUCUCUAUACAAACAACCUGUACAUCUCUGUUACAAAUAAAAACAAACUUUCCAGCUUCUUCUGUUCAGAAACAAUGUAGCUAAAAGUGGUCUGAGUGCAAAUGUUAGGCAGGGUUGACUGGGGAUUGAGGGAUGGUUGUAACAGUCACUAAAACAGUCAGGUAGAUUGAUGCAAACAUAGUUAAUUCAAUACAACUCUAUAAACUAGACAAGAUUUUCAAUCAAAA